AUGCAUUCUGCUUUGUUGCUGAUUUUCCCAUUUCUCGUUGUCGGCUACCCGCAAAAUGAGAAAAUCAUCAAACUUCCCGACCUGAAUUUUUCGCCAAAAUUUGACCAGUACUCUGGAUACCUUCAAGCAUCUCCAACAAAAUUUUUCCAUUAUUGGUUGACACUGUGCCCAGAUGAAUCGAAGCCUUUGGUUCUUUGGCUGAAUGGAGGUCCAGGAUGUUCUAGUCUGCUAGGCCUUCUUGAAGAACUUGGCCCUUUUAAGGUUAAAGAUGAAGGAAAUACACUAUUUGAGAACAAAUACAGCUGGAAUGCGUUUGCCAAUAUUUUAUUCCUCGAAUCUCCCGCCGGCGUCGGAUUUUCCUAUUCGACCGAUGGAAACGUCACAAUUUCUGACGAUGAAGUUUCUCAACAGAAUUAUCAAGCUCUUCUCGAUUUUCUCAACAAAUUCCCGGAAUUCAAAGGACGCAAUUUUUUCAUUACCGGCGAAUCUUAUGCGGGAGUUUACAUUCCAACAUUGGCUGUUCGAAUUCUCGCCGAUAAAACGAAUUUCCCCAACUUCAAAGGUGUCGCGAUUGGAAAUGGCGCAUUGAACUUUCCUAAUAAUUAUAACACAAUGGUCCCAUUUUAUUAUUAUCAUGCGUUAGUGAGAGAUGGGCUUUAUAAUCGGAUUAAAUCGGAUUGCUGCGACAAUAACAUUGAAUCCUGUGAUAUUUUUGGGAAAUUCAAAGAUCCGCAUUGCCGCGAAAUCAUUGUUGAAGCUCUCGAUGGUACUAAUGAGUUGAAUAUGUAUAACUUGUACGAUGUCUGCUAUUAUGAUCCAUCGGGUCUUGAGAAGAAAGCGCAUAUUGAAAGACAUAUGAGAAGAAUAGUCGGGCUGCCGCAGAGGAAAAUCUCCAAAUCUACAAAUUUGCCACUCUGUGCCCAGACGAACAACACUUUUAAUUAUUUGAAUCGUUUGGAUGUUAGAAAAGCAUUGCACAUACCCAGCAAUGUGCAGUUGUGGAGAGAUUGCAGCGAUGAUGUCGGAAACAACUACCAAGUCACCCAUUUUGACGUGAUUCCAGAAUUCGAAGCGAUGAUCAACUCGAAAAUCCGAAUUUUAGUUUAUAAUGGAGACGUUGAUACUGCUUGUAAUUCGAUUAUGAAUCAACAGUUCCUGAGCUCAUUGAAUCAAACAGUUUUGGGAGAAGCCAAAGUGAACGAUCCGUGGCAUUACUAUGGAGAAACGGGAACCGCCGUGGCUGGUUUUAUCACCCAAUUUUCAGGGAACCUUGACUUUCUCACCGUUCGUGGAAGCGGUCAUUUUGUGCCCGAGGACAAACCGAGAGAAUCGAGACAAAUGAUUUUCAAUUUCAUCAACAAACGCAACUAUUCGACACCUAUUGAAAUUUGA